AUAGACAAAAUUAGAGAAAAAGCAACCCGAAAAAGCAGUAUAUUUUGUUACAAAACCACUGGUUUCCCUCUCCAAACAAAGGCUAUACCUUAAAACUUACUUUUUUUCAUCACUAUAAAUAUUUGUACAUUUUUCACUACCUUUGUCAUAUCCUACCUAGUCUUCUUCUAGUCUUUCUGCUCUCAUCAUCCCUUAGUCCCCCACCAAACCUUCUUCUAAAUAUAUUUUUUUUUUCUUCUCAAAAGUCAGCGCCUUUUUUUUAAAAAAUAAAAUUAUUUUUUAGAUUGUCACCCUUAAAAAAAAGUGUUUUUUUUUUCUUUGUUACAAACAUUUUUAAUUUUGAAGUUUUCUAUGGUUGUGAUGGGAGAAGGGGAGAUCAAUGAUAGUUGGUCUCUAUUAGCCGUUGUAAAGGAAAGUUCUAGAAAAGCUAAACUUAGAGCAGCGCAAGUUGUGGCAGAUGAUAAUAAUCUAAUGACAACGACAACCACCACCACCGCCACCAACACCACUCCAGCGCUCGAUUAUAUCAAGUUGGAUCAUAAUGAUUCUCAAGAGUCAUUUUUUAAUGAUGACCAAUUUGUCUUGAUGAAUAACUCGAUAGGUUUUUUGUUACCAUCAGGAGCAGCAGCAACUACUGCUCCUGCUGCUGAUGAAGUCAGCGCUUUAGAGGACGAACUAAAAAAAUUGUGCAGGCCUUUUUUGGUCCCUCAACCUCCUGUUGUAAGUAGUGACAAGACUGAACCCGUGGUCGGAGCUGGCGGGACGUCAAGUAAUCAGCUCGUUGAGCAAACCUCGCGACAACAUCUUUAUCCAAGAAGAUUUCAUAUCAUUCCGAAUCAGAAUUCCUCAACUGCUCUUUGUGGUGGUCGUCCAUGUAACUAUAAAAAAAAGAAAUUUGAGGAUAGAAGAAUGGUGAGGCUAACAAUGGAGGAGUUAUCAAGUAGCGAUAAAUGGGCAUGGCGCAAGUACGGACAGAAGCCCAUCAAAGGUUCUCCUUAUCCUAGGAACUAUUAUAGGUGUAGCAGCAUCAAAGGAUGUAGUGCAAGAAAACAAGUGGAGCGGAGCCCCAUAGACCCGAAUUUCUACAUCGUUACGUACACUAACAAUCAUCAUCAUCCGUGUCCAUCCAUCCAUCACACCACUAGGCCUCGGGUCAGGAUUGCAGCGAGGUCUGAACCGACCCCACCACCCGAGUUAGAAGAGUCUCCCACCAAUACCGUGCUCGGACCAGGGUACGGGUCCGGGCCGGUUGGUAAUGAGGUGAUAGAGAUUGAGCAUGUAGCUGGUGAUGAUAGCUUUAGUAGUGGUGAAAUGAAUGAAGGCUCUUACAAUUACAACGAUCAUGAGAUGCUUACGAUGCCAAUGAAUUCGAUGUCGUGUUCGGAUCUUUUAUCGGGUAUGGAUGACCUGAAUAGUACUAAUAAUAAUUAUUACUCGUACUACAAUGAGAAUAAUGUUGGGUAUAAUCGGGGAUGUGACCCGAAUGUGAAAAUGGGGGUCCGAAUGGAGGAAAAUGGGUCGGGUCAUGGUGUUGGGAUUAGAGAAAUGUAUGCUUCUGCUCCAGCAACGUUGGCUGGGGCGCAUCAGCCGCCGAGUAAUAUGGGACAGAACUCACAUAACAAUAUUUGGGAUAAUGGGAUGAUUAGGCCUCAAGGUUUCUUUUCUUAGCUAUGUGCUAUAAUUGGUUAAUUAGUACAGUAAUAGUCUCUAAAGAAUGAGUGACAUGUGGGGAAGACCGGAAAAGUAACUAAAGGAAAUAGUCGGUGUUUUUUUUAAAAAAAAAAACAACUGAAAGUGUCUAUCUUAUAAUCUUUUAUCGAGGCUUCUUAUUUUUAAGAUGUUUAAGAUGACAUGCGGCAUAGAAGGUAGUUUCUAAGUUAUUGGACAAAAAUUAAAUCUUUUUUCUUUUAAAUUAAUGUUCUUGUUUUAUAUGAGGAUUCAAGUUGUUAGCCUUUAGCUUCCUUUUAUAUUAUGUGAUUUGUAAAUUUUUCAUAUAAGUAAUGUGUUGCAUCCAAUAGAGUUUAAAAGUAGA